CGUGGCGUCGUGCCACGCAGCAGCUGGACCCAGUCCUAUCCGUAUCCGGUAACCGAUUUCCACCAAACCCGAGCUCCAUCCAUUCCCGACCCCAAACCCAACCCGGCCAUGGCCGACGACCACCCCCACGACGCCGCGGCCUCCUCCUCCGCCGGCGGCGACGAAGACGACGAGGGCACCGACACCGAUGCGUCCAACUCCGACCUCGCCAAUCCCCAGGGCCAGGAUCCUCUACCCUUCCCCGACGCAGCUUCGGUCCCACCUCACCCUCACCCUCUCGCUCCCGCCCCCGAGCCCGCCGGCGCAGUUCCGCCGCCGCAGCCGCAGCCGCACGGUCCGUCCGCGGACGACUCGCGGCGUCUGUUCCAGCGGCUGUGGACGGACGAGGAGGAGCUCCUCAUCCUGCGCGGCUUCCUCGACUUCACGGCGCGCCGGGGCACCACGUUCGCGUCGCACCAGUACGACACGGGCCCCUUCUACGAGGAGAUCCGCCGCCGCCUCUCCUUCGACUUCACCAAGAGCCAGCUCAUCGAGAAGCUGCGCCGCCUCAAGAAGAAGUACCGCGUCUGCGCCGCGCGCGUCGCGGCGCAGGGCGCCGCGUUCGCGUUCCGGAGCGCGCACGAGGGCGCCAUCUACGACGUCGCGCGGCACAUCUGGCGCCCCGCGUUCAGGCGCGGCGAAGGCGGCGGCGGCAGCGCGGCCGACGCCUCCGACGAGGACGACAUCAACCCCGUGGCCGCCGCUGCGAUGGAGGAUGGCGGCGGCGGGAGCGCGUCCACGCCCACGGCGAGGGGCAGGGGAGGCCGGCGCGUUCGGAGGAGGACGGCGCAAGAGCUGGAGGCCCCCGCAUUGCCAUUGCCAGCUACGUCCGCGCUGAUGAUAACUGAUGCUGCUGAGGACCGGCUUGUUGUUGCUGUCGAGAAUUUAGUGCCGGCAAUUGCACCGCCACCUCCUUUGCAAGUGCCAACUGUAUCACCAGCUGCGGCGACCCCUUCGCCCAUGCCAGUGAGCACCGGUGGUGGCGCCACCGAGGAGGCUAUCAGGAGUAUCAUGUCACCGUUACUGAAGGAGUUCAUCAGCUCUGUCACUGUCGCUGGGCAGACUGGAUUCGGAUUGGGUCUUGGCACAGGAUUUGGCGGCAUUGGCGGCUUCGACAUUCUUGGUCUUGGUUUAGGGGUUGCUGGCCCAAAUCCUGGAAUGCCCAGUGAUGAUAAGUGGAGGCAGCAGCAAAUUCUGGAGCUUGAGGUUUAUCUAAAGAGGAUCGAGCUUGUGCGGGAACAGGUUACCGCUGCUUUAGAAGACCUCAGGUCAUCAGAAUGUUGAUUGGCGAUCUUCUUCCAUAGUCUUUUUGUUAGAGCCUGUCUUGUAGAGUACCUUAUUUUUCUCAGGAGAGUUGCUUGUUACAAAAUUCUCAUUGUACUUGAUUUAAGUUAGGUGCUUGUAGUUGUCAUAAGAUUAGAGGCUGAAAAGAUUGAUUUGUAGAUGAACUUACGAUGAAAGUUGUUAUUUACUUGCUACCUGCUUCAUUGUUAGACAUGUUUAGUCCCUCUUUUGAUAGAAUUCAGUGCAUAGUUGCCACGCUAACCUCAUUUUUUUUAAUUGGUAGUGUGUGUGUUUCUUUUUAUCAUUUUGUAUUGAGUAAUCCUGAUAAGUCAUCAAGAGAAUGAAGUAAAGGAUGAUGAUUCUUCUAUUUAUUGGGAAGAAAGUACUCUCUGACUAUUGAAUCAGUA